AGUUCUGUUUCCACUUCAUUUCCUGUGCAAUGGGGACACAGCCGGUCUUCUUUUGGUAGCCAGGUCUGUCUGUGUCGCUAUUUAGUGCCGUUGAUCAUCCUCAUCAUCAUCCUCAUCCUCAUCCUCAAUAAAUAAAGUUCUUAAUGUGAGGGUGCUAGCAGUGAGUGCGGUGGAGAGAAAUCCCCCACAACUGAUUGCAAACUGGCUGGCAUUCAGAUCUGCCUCCAUUUUGUUAGCAACACCCAACUUCCAACAAUCCAGUCAAUUCCUGAAGGAUGAAAUCACUCCCACCCCAUUUCAGAUGCCGUUUCACUCGGAUAGACAUCACAGUAGAGAAGAAAAGACAGUAGCAACGUUUUAAGCCGACUUUAAUCUUCAUUAUUUCUAAAUACACCUCAGGUGAUUCUCAGAAUGCUUGCUGCAGAUUUUCUUGUAUUCGGCUCCAUUCUAUCAGCUGCUUGGUGUCAGUUAAUCAUGAAAGCAUUGUACCCCAAAACCCUAAACGCCACCAGCGGCUCCUGCCUUGUGAUUCCCUGCCAAUUCAACAUUUCAAAGGAGAAUGAAGUAUUUCUUGACCGUUCACCAGUAGCAACAUGGAUACGAGGAUCUCUGUGGCGAGUCUAUGAUACAGAUCGUUUUACAAACGCUGAGCAUCAGCUGGAACCUCAGAUGAAGAUGGUGGGGGACCUACGAAAGAAAAACUGCACUUCUGUCAUGAUGAAUCUCACCAGCCUGCAUUCAGAUCGCUACUACUUCAGGCUUCAAUCUGAGGGCUUUGAUGUGAGGGCAUCAAUAUCUGUGCAGAUAAGUGUGUCAGAUUCCUUGGCAGAGCCGCGUGUGAUUAUGCCGGUACUCAGGGAGGGUGAGGUGGGGAAUCUGACUUGCACUGUUCCAGCCCCUUGCCCCAGUGCCACUCCAAAUGUAACAUGGGAUCCUGCAUUAGGUGGUAACAUAACACAAUGGACACAGCUGAAUGCUGACGGGACACAGAGUGUUCAGAGCAUUUUGAACUUCAUCCCAUCAUUCCGUCAUCAUGACCUGAAAGUGAACUGUGUUUCCACCCAUCUGCGAGAUAGAGAGGACAAACCCCUGCUGAGCCACAAGACAGUCAUCCUCAAUGUGGAGUAUCCUCCUAAGGAUACACAGAUCUCUCUUACAGGCUCAGUCUGGCUUGGUAAUAAUUUAACCCUCACCUGUCAAAGUAAUGCCAACCCUCCAGCGGCCCACAGGUGGUUCAUGAAGAAGGAAGAUAUAGUGGAAGAAGUGGGUUCUUCACGUGUGCUUUCCUUUACUGUGGCUCAUGAGAAAAGUGGGGAAUACAUUUGUGAGGCACAGAACCCACAUGGUGCAGUGAACUCCACAAUCCUACAGAUCAAUGCCCCAGGCAUAUCAUUCACUGCUUUCCUCACAGUUUUGGUACUGUUCUCAUUGCUUAUAUUUGCACUUACUAUUCUGAUUUACAGAAGGAAACAAAGCAAGAUGAGGAAAUUUACGCCAAUGUGUCUUCAAGUACAGAGAAAAGCCAUCAGCUUCAGUCAAAGGCAUGUGGAGAUAAGGCCAUCUACACCAUUAACCCUGAACGCACAUUCAAAAAUAAUCUCUCCAACGAAGACAUCUAUGCAAACUGUUGAAGUGAGAAGUGGAACAUUUUAAACAACCUUUCAUGGAUCACCACUGAACAAUUAGUCUACUUUCUGUAUGCCAGUAGUGAUCAUUUUAAUAAGCUUCAGCAUAUGUAAACUUCACAUCUAUAUAUUUGCUACUUCUUUUCUCCUUUUAAAGAAUAAAAACUCUCCAAUAAUUCAA